CGGAGACGCGCCGCCGCUGAGAUUCAGUGUCUCUGUAGCCAUGGCGGCGGAUCUACACCCGGAGUGGAUCUCUCGUCUCCCUUCUUCAUGGAGUUACGGGGUCACUCGGGACGGACGAGUCUUCUUCAUCAACGAAGAAGCAAAGAGUACAACCUGGUUGCAUCCAGUCAGUGGAGAGGCAGUGAUAACUGGCCACAGGAAAACUCCAGAUUUACCGACUGGAUGGGAGGAGGGAUUUUCGUUCGAGGGGGCUCGGUGCUUCAUAAACCACAAUGAGCGGAAGGUGACCUGUAAGCAUCCUGUCUCGGGCUGUCCCUCACAAGACAACUGCAUCUUUGUCGUCAACGAACAGUCUGCCCCCAAAGCGCCAGCGAAUGAGAAGGAGCGUCCUCUGAGCACCAUGAGUAGCGAGGCCUCCAACUACACAGGCAGCUCGGACUAUGCUACACACCAAAGUAGCCCCGCAGCCAGACCAUCAAGAUCCUCAAAAAAAAUUCACAACUUUGGGAAGAGAUCCAACUCGAUACGGAGAAACCCCAAUGCCCUGGUCGUUAAGAGUAACUGGCUUUACAAACAGGACAGCACGGGGAUGAAGCUAUGGAAGAAGAGGUGGUUUGUGCUGUCCGAUAUGUGUCUGUACUACUACAGAGAUGAGAAAGAGGAGGGUAUUCUCGGCAGCAUCCUCCUGCCUAGCUUUCGAAUAUCUAUGCUGUCUGUCGACGACCACAUCAACAGAAAAUAUGCCUUCAAGGCGACUCAUCCCAACAUGCGGACCUACUACUUCUGCACAGACGCAGCCAAAGACAUGGAGUCUUGGAUGAAGGUGAUGACAGAUGCUGCCCUGGUGCACUCUGAGCCUAUCAGGAGCAGGUCGCUCAAAGUGGAACAGUGCGGUCCUCAGGAUGUGAGUAACCACGUUACCCAGAACCACAGACCGGUUCUAACCCGACCAGAGAUCCAGAACAACGAGCGGAACAGGACCGAGGCCGACAGGGAACAUCACACCAUCGCCGCCAUAACCACGGUAACCACUGUCACUGCCGAGGAGGAGGAGGACAGGAAGCAGCGUGAUGCAGAGCGCUACGGGUUUCAGAAGGAAGGGGCAGAGAGGGACCGGCCGCUCACUAAGAUCAACAGCAUCAAACUAGAACCAGAUCAGGCUUCUGCUGUACCUGCUGACAUCACACCAGACGGGCCCUACAGAGCCCCACAGGUGAACGGUGCUGGGGACCACAGCCCAGGGGAGAUGAUGACCAACCCCCAGCCCCAUCGGACCCCCUCUAUCCAGGGCAGCAUGACCCCCACCACCCCUACCCCCCAGUACCCCCAUGGGGAACCUGAACCCAGGACCCUGACCAGGACCAACUCCAUGCAGCAGCUGGAACAGUGGGUCCGCACACAGAGAGUACGCAACCAGGAUGAUGACACACACAGCAUCAUGUCGUACCAGACACUGCCCAGGAACAUGCCCAGUCACCGAGCCCCUCCAGCCAUGCCCCACUACGGGGACCCCGGCUACCGUACCUUACCCAGGAACAGCAUGGCCCGGCCGGACAGUAUCUGCAGCAUGUCCCCCUCCAUGUAUGACCAGGCCAUGGGCCUGGGCCUGGGGCUAUCCUCUGCAGACAAGAGACGCUCCAUGAGGGAUGACACUAUGUGGCAGCUGUAUGAGUGGCAGCAGAGGCAGGCCUAUACCCCCACACGGCCUAUGUCGUCCACUCCCAGACCCUACGGGACCCUGCCCAGCCCCAAGACCAUGAUCAACCUGUCUGAGCACCAGGGUCACGGUCACCACUCCAUCCCCCCCUCACCCUCCCAUGGGUCCCUGUCUAUGUACGGGGGCUACUCGCCCCUCCACUUCUCCUACAACCCCAGCUCCAGUAGGUCUGAGGUGGCCUUCCCUGUAUACCGGGGGGAUGUUACCAUAGACAGAAGACACAGGACACCACAUCUCAACCAGUAUGCCUACCCGCCUGAGAGGAGGUCCAUGCCAGCAGGGAUCCCUGUCCAGACCAUCACUGCCCAGUCUCUGCAAGGAAAAACGAUGAGCCCAGAGGACCACAGGGAACACGCCUACAUGUGCAGCCCCGAGGAGGUUGACAUCGAUGCCAAGCUGAGCAGGUUGUGUGAACAGGACAAGGUUGUGAGGAUACGUGAGGACAAGCUCCAGCAGCUACACAGAGAGAAGCACACCCUGGAGACAGCCCUGCUAUCGGCCAGUCAGGAGAUAGAGAUGAGUGCUGAUAACCCAGCAGCCGUACACAGUGUUAUCCAGCAGAGAGACGUGCUGCAAAGUGGCCUGCUCAGCACCUGUAGAGAACUGUCACGAGUCAACACUGAGUUGGAGCGGUCGUGGAGGGAGUAUGAGAAGCUGGAGGGAGACGUCUCAUUGGCCAAGGACAACCUGUUGGAGCAGCUAGAGGCCCUGGGGAGCCCUCAGACGGAGCCUCCCAGCCAUCAGCAUGUCCACAUCCAGAAGGAGCUGUGGAGGAUCCAGGACGUGAUGGAGGCCCUCAACAAGAACAAGAGCCAGAGACACACAGACACACAGGGACACUACGGCUCCACACCCAUCUCCAACAUACACAAGAGUGAGGAGGAGGUGGAGGACCUCUCAGCUCCCCCAAGACCGCCUUUACCCCAGGCCUACGAGCCCAACAGCCCUGCUGUACCCCCCCUCCCCUCUCGUGUUGCCUCCAGCGGGCGACCGGCACCCCCACCACCACCACACCGGAGUCCAGAGGACAGGGACAGGAAGGCCGGCCAGAGGAACGGAACACACAGCGGUCCUGACUACAGGCUGUAUAAGAGUGAACCAGAGUUGACCACCGUAGCAGAGGUGGAUGAAACCAACGGAGAGGACAGAUCAGAACAGUCUGACAGAGACCCAGCAAACACAAAAGGAAUGUCCUACCCCGUUGGCAUCGUUCCCCCCAGAACCAAAUCUCCCAACAUGCCAAAUUCCUCCAGCAUCAACUCCUACGUCACCCUGAGGAGGGGAGGGAGGCCAGACCCGCGCAUGGAGCGACCCCAUAGUGCUGUAGAGCAGCUGUCUGGUGGGGCUGUGGAGAAGGACAGUGGCAGAUCUAGGAUGAGUGUAGAGGAGCAGCUGGAGAGGAUCAGGAGACACCAACAGGGGGCGCUAAGAGAGAAGAAGAAGGGGCUUCACAUCCUGGCAGGAAGUAGCUGCAACAGCCCGCAGGACUACACUACACACAGCCACAGUACCACAUCAACACCGUCACGUAGCCCUUCGUUCACCAAGGAGAACCCCUUCCGCAGCAUGCAGCAGAACCGUCGUCAGCGCGGCGAGGGGAUGAGCAGUGACAUCCUGGAGUUGGAGGCGUCACUCAGAGAACAGGAAGUGGUCAGAGAGCAGGAGACGCCGGCCGAGGAGAUAGCACGCCUUAAAGAGGCCACACACACUGACCACUACAACAUGGACAGAGAGCUGUCAGUCCCUGAGAAGGUGUUGAUUCCAGAGCGUUAUGUGGAGUCAGACCCAGAGGAGUCUCUCAGUCCUCAGCCCGGAUACUAAUCCCUCUCUUUCCAC